UCUUGGACUCACAUCACUGCAACUCUCGGAGACAUUGCUUAAGCGUAGUUACUCCUCAUUGAUUGACAUCGUAUCGUUAAUCAAGGAGGUAACCUGUUUUUCUACCGUCAGUUAACGAAUAUAGUACAUACGUUUUCUUUUCUAUUUAAAGUCAAGAUUGUUGAGAGAAUCGUUAUGGCAACAGCUACUCCAAGCCGUGAAGCUGGCCGGUCGGUGGCCUCUAACGUUACACCUCUCUCCCCGACCCGGAUUUCUCGCUUACAAGAGAAACAAGAUUUACAGCACCUGAACGAUAGACUGGCCGUGUACAUCGACCGUGUCCGUGCAUUGGAACUGGAGAACGACCGGCUGAUGGUGAAGGUGUCUGAGAAAGAGGAGGUGACCACUAGAGAGGUGACAGGCCUGAAGGCUCUCUAUGAGGCAGAGUUAGCUGAUGCUCGACGGGUUUUGGAUGAAACUGCUAGAGAGAGAGCCAGGCUCCAGAUAGACCUGGGCAAGGCUCAGGCUGAGCUUGAGGAAGCCACACGCAGUGCCAAGAAGAAAGAUAGUGAUCUUGCUGCAGCAGUCUCCAGAGCCAGUGGUUUGGAAGGCCAGCUGAACAAGAGUGAAGCAGCUCUUUCUACAGCUCUAAGCCAGAAUGCUGCUCUGACUUCUGAACUGGCCGAUGUCAAUAGCCUGCUGGCUAAGGCGGAGGACAGCCAUGCUGUUGCUAAGCGUCAGUUGGAGGCAGAGACACUGAUGCGUGUAGACCUAGAGAACCGCUGUCAGUCACUGAGUGAAGAGCUGGAGUUCAGGAAGAGCAUGUUUGAAGAGGAGGUGCGUGAGUCUCGGCGUCGACAGGAGCAGAGAAUAGUGGAGGUGGACUCUGGGGUCAGACAAGACUAUGAGUUCAAACUGGCACAAGCUUUACAGGACCUAAGGAGGCAACACGAUGAGCAAGUCUCUCUUUAUAAGGAGGAACUGGAACAAACCUUCCAGGCCAAGUUGGAUAAUGCCAAGGUGUCCUCAGAGAUUAAUGACAAGGCAAUAAGCACCGCCAGGGAGGAGCUGCUCGAGUCCCGUAUGAGAAUAGAGAGCCUUGGAUAUCAGCUGAAUGCCCUGCAAAAACAGGUGGCUGCCUCAGAGGAUCGUAUCAGAGAACUGGAGGAAAUUCUGUCAACAGAGCGAGACAAGCAUCGCCGUGUUAUCGAAGGAAAAGAACAAGAGAUGAAUGAACUGAGGGAGAGGAUGAACGCUCAGCUCAGCGAAUACCAGGAGCUGUUAGAUGUGAAGCUUGCCCUAGAUAUGGAGAUCAAUGCAUACAGGAAACUGCUGGAGGGAGAGGAGCAUAGACUGAAGCUGUCCCCCAGCCCAUCGCCUCGAGUCACUGUUUCUAGGAUAACAGGAUCUUCCUCCUCCCGCUCCUCCAAGAGGAAGAGAGUGGAGGGUAAGGAUGUCCCAGAGGUGGGACGAGUAGAGGGGCAACUGCGGGUAUUGGAAGAGGCUGCAGGUAGUGGAGCAGUCACCAUAUCACCCACUGACAUGGAUGGAAAUGCAGUCACACUGACCAAUGAUUCUGAGCAGGACCAGCCUUUGGGCAACUGGAGGUUAAAGAGACAGGUUGACAACGGGGAUGAGGUCAUUUACAGGUUCUCCCCAAAGUUUGUCCUUAAGGCUGCACAGUCAGUGACGGUGUGGUCUGCGGAUGCUGGUGUGGCUCAUAGUCCACCAUCUGACUUGUUGUGGAAGAGUCAGGCUUCUUGGGGCACAGGAAAUGAUAUAGUUACCACUUUGAUCAAUGCCGAAGGCGAGGAGGUGGCCAGAAGGAGUGUGACCAAGACUCAGGUAGAGGUAGAGAAUGGAGAUGAAGAGGAGGAUGUCGCACAAACAGCCAAGGUGUCAUCCAGAGAGUGUGCCAUCAUGUGAAGCCUUCCCAUUCCGUUGAUUGUUGAUUUCCCUGUAAUAUUUUUUUUUCUUUCUAGCAACUCUGAUAUGAUCCUGUCCCUUGCCUCGUCAUUUACUUUACAUUAAAACAAUUAAGAAUUUUUAGACUAAUACACUUUGUUUGUACUGCCCUCCAAAUCUCUGGAACUCCUUUAGUAUGAAUCAUCACUACUAAUGCCAACAUCUGUCGGUCACACAAAGAUGUUGGGUCCAAAUAUUCAAUCAAACUGAGGGGUUCCCAGUCCUACAAGUAGUACUUUACAUGUCAGUGAUUAAUUCCAGUGGCCGUCACUUGUUCUACCAUGGUAAGCAUUUUGGUUUCAUCCUUUCUGCACUCUAGAACAAAUUGUGUAAUGAUUUCACAGAAAUCAACUAAAAGAACCUGUUAUUUGAGUUUUCAAGAUUAAAGGACAUCUGCUGUAUGGCCAUGAAUAUAUAAUGAAUGAAUAACAUAAGUGUUACAAAUGAUGAACAACUCUUAUUUCAGUUGUGAAACUGUUUUAUUUUUUUCCCCAAAAAUGAAGCACUUUCUCAGAUUCCUGCUCACGUUCCUGAAACUGUCCCUCCACUCCUCUGCUUUGUCUCUGUCCUCUUUUCCUUGCUUCUUUAAAGAUAGUAAUGAAGUGUGAUGGUGCAUCUGAUUUCAGUCUUACUUGCCACAGCUGAAUUAAAGACAAACAUUUGAAACUUGCUCAAAAGGUUUGGAAAGUAGGAGGUGUUUAGAGCCUCAUAUGAUGCUAUCUUACGGUAUUUCACGGUUGCUAUUACCUGCCAGCUCUUGACCAGAAACAGCUUCAUUUUGACUGAGAGCUUUUGAUUUCUGAAUGGUGAUAUUAGCAGUUUUUUCAAAUACUGAAAACUGCUAUAAGGCCUCUUGUUCUGCCCUGGAUCGCUUCAUUGACUUGUUGCUUGCCUGGUAUCACAGGGUGAGUGACAGUGACCAGUUAAUAUCAGAUUCUUCUGAAAACUAUAUUGGAAUUAAGGGGAAGUGGUAACUUAUUCUUAAAGCUUAUCGUUUUUUGUUUUUUUGUUCGUUUUUGGCAGAUGUAUAACAGUUACUUAUCGGGAGCAGCCCAUUGCAGUCUUCCGUCUCUCCUCGUGUUGCCUGUGAGUUCAGUGUUCACUGAUGUUUCAGCUCUGAUUCAGUCACCCAACACCUUUGAAAAAUAAGCAGCUCUCAGUCUAUUUGAGCCAAAACUGAGCAGAAUCUCAGUGUGUGUUGUCUGUGUUGCAUUCAGACUGGGAGAGAAACUAACUUCAGCUGGUAAUCAUGUCGCGUAAUUAGCACUGAACUGUACAGAACAACAGUGUAGACUGGAAUCUCUGCUAACACUGACAACCAGAGUUAACCCUGUGAGAGCUGCCUCAUAGGAAUGAGCCCACAUACAUUUUGUGUAUGAGAGUGGUGUUGUGUUAGAUUAGCCGCAUAACUUGUUAACUCAUGGUUCUGUAUUAAAAUGUUGUUUGUCAGCUCUGUUGUGUAACAGUUACAAGGUUUUCUCUGCUGGAAUUGAAAUGGGACAGACUGACCAGAUAGUCUCUGCUGGCUUGUUUCUCCUUGCACCAUGCAAAGCAACAUUACUGUUCCUCCUAGGUGGCCAGAAUGUGGCUGGAAUAGGGGGUAACUAUUGGUUGUGGGUUUGGGGUUUUGUUUACCAGUUGGGGGCACUGAAAUAAUACUUUUGAAAGAAAAGCCUUGAGCCUGGAUUUCUCAAUCUCACAUUAAACUGAUAUAACAUUGACUCCAUUUAAGUACAGCCAGGGUAUACAGUGAAAGGAACAUUUUAUAAUCUCCAUCUCUGUAUUCUCUGGACUGCAGUACAUUGGUUGCUCACACAACUUGUGUGCCAUUUUGGGAAACUCAAUUUUCUUAUGUGUUUGAAUACUGUGUGUUACAUAGCUAGUUUUUUUUAUUUUUAAUUUUUGACUGUUUAGUUUUUUCAAUAGAGUUCUUGUCUAUGUAAUCAUUUUGUUUACAUAAUACUGUGUGUUAAGGAUUUCUGGAGUGAUUAAGGUUGGGUGUUCAUGACCUGAUUUAAUUUGGCUAAUUGCUUAUUAAGCAUUAUAAUUCAUUACUGGCUUAAUUUUCCAGAUUCUGAUAAAACAAUGCUGAACCCUCACAAUGCUGUAGUGUUCUGCUGAGAGUUAAAGUCUUCACCUGGUAAGAGACAUUCAUCAUUUUCAUUCAUCAGCUUUUCAUUGGCAUAAGAAACUUCUUGUCUAGUAAGUGAUAAAUGACCAACUUAGAACAUUUGAAUUAGAUGAAGUCUGGCAGUAUUAAAUGAACUGACUGUCAAAUUAAUACUGAUCUAACUUUUAUUGCUCUGCAGAACAAAUUGUAAGGCUUCGACAGAGAAUAGUAAUUCAGUCCCUACAGGAAUUCUCAAUCUUUCAAUUCAAGGUCAAGAAAUAAUGCAUAUUCAUUCAAUCCCUGCAAUAUUUUCAAGAGCUUACAAUUCUUUUACAAAUUUCUGUCUGACUAGUUAAUCUUCCAAUGCUAAUUUUACCAAUCAUUGUGGUUUUAAUGUAGAAGUAAAUUUAAUAUAGAACCUUUUUUCAAAUCAGUCAAGUAAGCUUCAAUCUCAAUAACAGAUUAUUUGUUUUUCUGAACCUUUUGUUGCAUGUUAGUAUGAUUGAUCAUCAGUUUCUUUUUAAAACAAUACUUUUUAAAGCUGAUUUUAAAAGUAAAAUCACAGGAGUCUUAUAAAGGAAAAAACAAAAUAGGGUCAAAGUGAAUGCGUUUAGGAAAGGCUUUUAGAAAAGAUGCUGCAAAUUCAAUCACAUUUGGCUGCAUUAACCAAAAAAACAAAAUACAACUACUCUGAUCCUGGAGGGUCUGACUACUAUGCUACAACAUAGAUGCAACUGUGAUUGUUCUGUCUGUUUGUGAGAACUGUAAACACCCAAGUUUUAAUCACUGAAACUAUAUGGUGUUAUUUAUGUAGAGGGAAAGGAUGCCAAAUGUCAGUUUUCAUUCAUGAUUAACUAUUGUUUAACUACUUUUUGUACACCACAAUAAAUGUUUUACA